AUGGAUCUAUCAAGGCUGCUCCCUGCCGGAUCUGGCAACUCCAUCUCGUGCGUCGACAUGCAUACCACUGGUGAACCGACUAGAGUUAUUGUGAAGGGUUAUCCUAGACUCACUGGGACACUUCUGGAACAGAGGGCUCAAGCAAAGUCAGAAUUCGAUCAUGUUAGACGAAGGUUGAUGUUGGAACCUCGAGGUCAUUACGACAUGUAUGGCGCCAUUCUACGGCCUGAGACAGAGUUGACCAAAAGCGGCGAGGCGCAUAUCGGGGUUCUUUUCACCACCAACGAUGGAUACAGCACAAUGUGUGGACACGCAACCAUCGCCUUAGGUCGGCUACUAUUGGACACGCAUGAUCUCGACUUCUUUCCUCGUAGGAAUGAUAUUAAGCACGACGCUGAGACGAGGACCGCCACCCUCAACCUUCAUGCUCCUUGUGGUCUACUCAAAGUGAGUGUUCCAGUCAAUGCAGAAGGUUCAGCUUCAGAUCCUACUCGGCCAGUGUCCUUUGUCUCUGUGCCGUCCUUUGCAACGGGAACCGAUGUUAUUCUGUCAAUUCCCGAGGCCAAUCAAUGGCCUGAGAUAAAGGGUGGCAGUGGGAAGUUGCGGGUGGACUUUGCGUAUGGAGGCGCGUUUUAUUGUUUUGUGUCGGCGCAGAAUCUUGGCUUUCCAGGAGGGUUGCAUGGUCGGGAUCUCGAUCGAUUGAGCGUGGCCACGGCCUCCUUGAAAUCAUACCUCAUAGCCGACUCUGGCUACAAGUCAUACUUUGAGCAUCCAGAACAUCAGGACCUUAGUUUCUUGUAUGGAGUGAUUGUGACGGAUGAUUCGAAUGAGGAAGAAAAUGGUGGUUCAGAGGUUGGGCUGUGUUUCUUUGCCAACCAGGAGAUUGACAGAUCACCUACUGGGAGUGGAGUGGCAGCCCGUGCGGCACUUGCCAUUCAGAAGGGCGAGAGAAAGAUUGGUGAGGAAUGGGUAUAUCAUUCCUUGGUUUCUCGGGAGAAGAAGGGCCCCGGGUUUACGGGCACGGUGGUGGAGGAAGUGCAAACUCCCAGGUCAUAUCCAGCAUCAGCAUCUCAUCAAUAUCGGGUAAGGGUUGAGGGCAAGGCAUUCUACACAGGGGUCAGUACAUUCCUUGUGGAAGAAGAAGACCCUUUAGGGGAUGAUGGAUUUAUAUUUAGAGAGUUGUAA